AUGUCAAUUGUACUGAGUAAUUACUGUUGGGUUGAAGCUGUAAAGGGUAACGGCAAAACAAAGCCUCAAGGUGGUGAUGUUGUUGCAGUUGAAGAAGACAUGACAAUUAGGCAAAACAAGAGUCCCUAUCAAGGGCGAGGAAGCCGAGGAAACGACAGCUGCCGGCUUAUUGCUUACACAAGCAAGCAAAGAAAAACCCUCUAUUGGCACAUAGGACCUGGUCUUUUAGAUGAUGAAGGAAACACUGUUCUUUACUCAAAAUAUGCAGGGAAUGAUUUUAAAGGAACGACACUCCUUGAAUCUGAUUUUCAGAAUACCAAAAAUGCACUUGCCUUUCUUUCGGUUACUAAUUCAUCAAAACGAUAUGGUGUUCUUCCACCAGGAUUGGUGGUCGAUUCGCAAACAAAAUUGAUUUCGGUAAAUGAGUUAAAGUUACCGGUGGAAAGGAGAGUUGUUGCUGACUUAAACAUGGAGCAAAAAGAUUAUGAAGAUGAAGGACUUCCACCUGGAUGGGAUAACACAUAUCAACUAAAAGAAGAAGUGGAACAUAUGCUUACACCACAACUGUUUCAGCAAUUUCAUCAGGUGGUGGAAUUUGGCAUAUAUCGACCAAAAUAGGGAAAUGUACUUUCAUUUUAAUGUUUAGUUUUCUGUAAUUUGGAUCAUCAAAAUACAAAAUACCAAUGUACAUUCAUUUUUUUACCGUCUUUGCAAAUGGACAAAUUACAGAGAAUAGCAACGUA